AAGUGUAUCUGCUUCUGGAAUCCUUCCACACAGUGACCUGCACGUGUGCGUGUUCGAGAAAGACGAUGGAAAGCCAGAUGGCAGGGGGCACGAAUGGCAUCGAUUUCUGCACACUAGGCAUGUUUAUCAUCGGUCAGGGUCCUCCUCGAGCCUCCGAUGCUGGACAUUCACUCAGUAUCAAGUCCAGAUGAAAUCGAAUUUCCUCCUCCCAAACCUCCUGUCAAGGACAUCAUCGGCGGCGCAGGUUCCUACUCUGCGCUGGGAGCCCGAUUGUUUGCACCGCCCCCACGCUCCCGAGCAGUCGGUUGGAUUGUGGAUUGCGGCUCCGACUUUCCGAAGGAGCUUCGAGCGGCGAUUCACUCUUGGGACACGGGCGUCCUGAUACGCGAGACGCCGCAGAGAGUCACCACCCGUGGAUGGAAUGGCUACGGAGAGCACGAGCACAGAGCGUUCCGCUAUCUGACCCCAAAAUUGCGUCUCGAUCAUGAGGCGCUGGCUAACACACGGUUGCUCUGGUCCAAGUCUUUCCAUCUGAUCUGCUCACCUCUGCGCUGCAUUGACCUCGUGGAGAAUAUACUUGCAUUGCGCAAGAAAUCUCCGCCGGUGGGGUCCACACCCGACCCUUUGUUUAUCUGGGAGCCAGUACCAGACCUUUGCACGCCCGCGGAGUUUGAGAAUUGCUUGAAAGCGCUAAAGUGUGUGGACGUCGUUAGUCCUAAUCAUUCUGAACUGGGCGCCUUCUUCGGAGAAGACACAAACGGUGUCAACCAUGUCGAUUAUCGAUUGAUUGAGCGGCUGUGUGAUCAAUGGCUGGCAAGUGGGAUUGGUGUCAAUGGGAAAGGCGGUAUCGUGGUACGUGCUGGCAAGGAUGGAUGUCUUGUGGCGUGCCGGUCCUCUCGGAGAUGGAUACCUGCGUAUCAUCAGUCCGCAGACAAGGUGGUCGAUCCCACAGGAGGAGGGAAUGGUUUCCUAGGCGGUUUAGCAAUGGGCCUGGUUCGAGGUAGUGCCUCCCCUGGGGUCCAUAACCUCGAAGAAGCUGCCAUAUGGGGCUCAGUAUCGGCCAGUUUCGCCAUCGAACAAAUCGGUAUGCCGACACUAUCGCAGUCUCCGCAAGGCGAGUUGUGGAACAAUGUUCGUGUCGAAGAUAGACUCUUUGAAUUCAAGCAGCGGCUGGGAACAUAUAUACAGCCCUAGGUAUAAUCCCA